CUGAACCCCCCAAACCGACAAAGCGAAGCCGCCGAGUCGCCUCUCUCCGCCGCCGGCUCCUCCGCUCGCUGCUCCUUGGUCCGCUGCCGCUGCUUGCUCUCGGUUUCCGCCAGGACGUCGAUUGCUUUCUUGUUGCGCGCGAGAUUGAGAUUACUUGGUUCCUGAUCGAGGCGCGGGCUCAAUCAUUUGUGUGUUCGUCCAACUGAGCGGCCAUGCGCCAACCAAGGUCCGGGCAAGGGAAGAGGCGGGGCCUCGGGCCGCGGAUCCCCGCGACGAAGCUUCGGAAGCAGCAGGCGGCGCUGGCGAACGUCGACCAGAUCACGGGCGCCAAGAUCCCCAAGAGCUUCGUUUUCUCCCGCGGCAAGCUCCCCUCCACGCUCCGCCACCUCCAGCAGGACCUCCGCAAGGUCAUGCUCCCCUACACCGCUCUCAAUCUCAAGGAGAAGAAGCGGAAUAACCUCAAGGACUUUGUCAAUGUCGCCGGUCCGUUGGGUGUGACGCAUUUCUUGAUCCUCUCGAACCCCAAGAGCCUGCCGCACUUGCGCUUUGCCAAUUCGCCACAGGGCCCAACCUUCACUUUUCAGAUAGAGGAGUAUGCACUUGCGGCGGACAUUGCAAACUCACAGAAGCGGCCGAGGUGCCCACCAGGGAUAUUUAAGAACUCUCCUCUGGUUGUCCUCAGCGGGUUUUCUGGUCUUGGCAACCCUUUCGAGAGUUUGGUUGAGUACUUUCAGCAUAUGGUCCCUGCCGUUGACCCAAGCACUGUCAAGCUGGCAGAAUGUCAGAGGAUUCUAUUGUUAAAAUAUGAUAAAGAGAAGGAGGUUAUCGAUUUCCGGCAUUACUCCAUCAAGCUUCAGCCUGUUGGGGUCAGUCGCAGGAUUAGAAAGCUCAUGCAGAACAAUCAAGUUCCUGAUCUAAGAGACCUUAAAGAUGUUAGUGAUUACGUGACAAAAGCUGGAUAUGGAUCAGAAAGUGAAGUUGAUGAUGAAACAGCAACAGUAAGCCUACCAAGUGAUGUUGACAAAUUAAACAAGGCAUCAAGAAAAAGCGCUGUCAGACUCCAGGAGGUCGGACCAAGGAUGACUAUGCGCCUAGUUAAAGUUGAGGGUGGGCUAUGUUCAGGAGAUGUCUUAUACCCUUGGCCUGUGGCAAAGGAAGCCGUGGGAAAGGGGGAAGCAACUGAGGAAGAGAUAGAAGGACAAGAAGAAACUGAGGAUGGACUGGAGGAUGGGUCAGAGGACGAGAUGGAGGAAUAGCAAUUUAGAUGAUGAGCUCAUCAAAGCACUGAUCACCUGGCACCUGCCUACAAGGAGAGUCAACAAUGUGGAAGCCACUCCUCUCUUUUAUAACUACACUAAGCAGAGCUUUGUUCAUCUCCAGAUGAUAGAAUUGUGGUGAAUGCAAAAGCAGGUGCAGUGGCUGUCCUGGAUGUUUCAUGCUAGAUUCACGGGCUCUGAGUGUUGUAGCAUGAUUCGUUGAUACCAAUUUUGUAACUCAAGGCGCAUAUUAAGGCAUUAGCUGCAGGCUUGCAACAAAGUUGAACAUUGUUCCGAGGAUAUGGUUGAGGUUUAUAAAGAUUUUCGAAUUAUUGUUGGAAAUUUCAAUUGAUGGGGAUGGCUCCCCGCAAGGGUUGGUCA